GGAACGAUGUUAUAGAAGGCUUACUCUGUACGAGGCAAUAGCAAAACCAAACCUAAACCAAAUACAACCCUGGGCCUUGUCAGCAACAUAUUCUCCCGUUACAACAUAACAUUUAUAAAAAAAACAACAUAGAUAUAUAGUCGAAUCCGUUGAUUUAAUUGCAAUCGCUCACUGCUUGCAAGUUAUUAGGGGAUGUAAACAAACCCUUUCGACCCAUCAAUAUAAUGCAUGGCAAGACCUAAUAGAGAACUAUCGUGGUGUGCAGUAUAUGUACAUGUGACACAAAGAGUUUUUCGGUGAGAACAGUGUUGAUGGCUCCGUUGUUAUUCUUAUCUUCAAGAAAAACAACAAAGAAAUAAAUGUUAUUCACCCAAUGCUGAUGAGUGUCAGUUUUUGUUUUCCUUUGCGCUGUACUGUUGUAGCAAAAGUUAUCUGUGCGUGUUUAGCAUCAACAAAUUAAACGGAGAUCCAAAGAGUUCGAUCGUGAAGUUUGAACGACUCGCUCUUUCGUGUAAACAAUUGUGAUCGAAGUAAAAGUAACCAUUGAAAAAUAUUUCACGACUCCUCGUACCACCCUCGACUCGUAACAAGAAUAGGUCUUGUACGGUACGGUACGUGCAAAUUGAGCAGUAUAAUUUAUCAGAAAAGCAAUGGAGAACAAGGACCAGCAAGUACCUCGGCCGGAUGGAUCGUUGCCGGAUGACAUCGAGCAAAACUUCUUAACACAGUUCAGCUCAAUGAUAACCACGGACAAAGAGGAGCUGAUCAAACAAUUUCAAAGCAUAGGAGAAAACCUGAACCAUUCAACUGCGACAUUUUUCUUAGAUAUGACAAAUUGGAAUCUGCAGGAAGCAGUAGGCUGUUACUUUGACUACAUGGCACAAUCGCGAUUUCCUUCUAUGAAGUUUCUAAGUGAUAUAAGUGUCGGAAAGGGCGAAAAAGUUACUCCCAGCACAACGUUCCAAUUAUCAUUUAUGAUACAGAAUAAUGGUGAAACUACGUGGCCUAGUGGUACGUACAUGGCGUUAAAGCAGGAUCCACACUUCCUACAAUCUUACGCCGCAUCAUUGCGGGAAACGAAUCAAAAAUUCUACGUGCAUACAUUGCCACCCAUGGAUACAGUGUCUGUUACGGUGCAAUUGGUUAGUCCAGCGGAAGAAGGUGCAUUUCAAACCACAUGGGCAAUUUACACUCCCAACGGCACCGAGUUUGGAGAAACCAUCACAGCGAGCAUAGAAGUUUGCAAAAAUGGAACAAUGGCAAUUACUCAGGCAAACGGUAGUGCGAUCGACGAUACGGAAAUGUGGGGGUAGCUCUACAAUUUAUAAAUUUGUUAUGCAUAACAAAGAUGCAUACUUAUCACGGCAAAGCGAAUUUAUGCUUAUGAUUCUUAUGUUUGGUUAAUUGCGUUUGUGAAUAAAUAUCAAGUUUUUGAACAAUAAAAAAAUGCC